CUGAAUGAAUUGAAUCAAAUUUGACCUUAAAGCUUAAAAAAAGAUGUAAUUUCACUUUUUUUUCUUACGGAAGUAGAACUGUAGCAGCUGCAGCUCCUGUUGGGUUCUGUCUGCGACCUUUAACUCUACUGGAUGAGUAACAAAGCUAGAACUGGUCAACAGUCUGACUUGGCAAUCAUGCAGUGGAGUCUGAUUCUUCUCAUUCUGAUGGGUCAGUCUUGGUCCAUCACAAGUCAGCUCUAUGAGUAUAAAUACGUGACUACACAAAUGAGUUGGGAGGAAGCUCGGCUGCACUGCAUCCAACAUCACACUGACCUGGCCACAGUGACUAACAUGACUGACAUGAUGAGGCUCAGGAAGGCAGCAAACAACGUUCCACAAACGGGAGCGUGGAUCGGCCUGCAGCGACCUGAAAAAUCAACCAGGAAGUGGCACUGGUCUCUGCCUGGACUGGAGUUCAAUGAAACUAACUGGGGUUCUGGUGAAUCUAGCAAUGACAAUGAGUACUGUGGGGCCAUAAAGGACAACCUCGAAUGGGUGGAUCAUGGUUGUGGCACACCCAAACCUUUCAUCUGUUAUAACGAAAGUGACAAACCUGAGAGAUUUUACUUCAUUAAAGAACAAAGGAAGUGGUUUGAAGCUCAAAGGUUCUGCAGGACCAAUCACACUGACCUCGUCAGUGGACUGCAGCAGCUCCGAGAUGAAAAACUGAGAGGAAUCAUCGAUUCUAAUAGCAUCAAUACUCAUCAUUAUGUUUUCAUCGGUUUGUUCAGAGAUGCCUGGGAGUGGUCCGAUGGCAGCAGUUUCUCUUUCAGACACUGGGACGUAAACUAUAGUGAUAAUGCUAAAUAUGCCAUGUUAACUCAGACAGGAAAUUUAAGUACCAGCUCUUCUGAAAGCAAACCCUUCCUCUGUUAUGAAGAUCAUGUGAUCCUGAUCAAUGAGAGCAGGACCUGGGAGGAGGCCUUAUACUACUGCAGACAUCACCACCAUGACCUGGUCACCAUCACUAACCUGGAUGAUCAGAGAUGGGUUCAGGAGAAAACCAAGAAUGCUACAACUCCUUAUGUGUGGACGGGACUGCGCUACACCUGCACUCUGGGGUUCUGGUUCUGGGUCAGUGACGAGGUGGUCCGCUACAAGAACUGGGCCUCACCUGAACAGGUGAAUGAGUGUGACAUGUCAGGAGCCAUGGAGACAGGAGGAGAACACAAGUGGGUCAAGAUAAAUGAUGAGGAGAAGUUCAACUUUUUCUGUUCAAAGUGAAAAUAUGAUCACUGAUUACAUCAUUUCUAUAUUAUCUAUUUAUAUUUUUCUUAAAUGAAGAUGAUAUAUAUCAACAAUUAUAACCUUAUUCUUUUACCUGUUGGUGGUUGUUUUCAUCCUAACCUUUCCUUUUCAUUCAAUUUUUUUUGAAUUAUUAAUUCAUGUUUGGAUUUAAUUGGGUUGUGCGUCAUUUUGGUGAACUUUUUCUUUUUAUUUACUUAAUAAAAGGUACAAUUAAGCAGUUAAUGGCAUAUACUCAUACAGCAGUUUACUAUUUUCUAAGAAGGCUUUACUGUCACAGUCUGGUUCACGCCUCCACACAUACAUACACAAACACCCACACACAUACUGAUGACGUUGCCUAACACUGACGUCAAAGUAAAACCACCAGGACCAAUAUUGGGUUGAGUGUCUCACCCAGGAUUGCUUCAACUCAUCGGCGGGCAGAGCAAGAACCAAACGUGAUCUUCCAAUCGGUCAACCACUUCUCUGUAACACCGGUCAUUCCCUAUGUAUGGCAUUUUUAUUCUAGAUAGAUUUUUUUCACAAGAACAGUUCAUUAUCAUUAGCAGUGUUUUUUCUGUCUGUCUGAAAUGGUUCCACAUUUGACCCAAACAGAAGUGUCUUUGUUUUUCUACUGCUAUCUUUAGAAGUGGUAACAGCGAAUCAUUCUCCUCCAUCUGUACCAUCUGUACAUGUGAUUUGCAUGAUUAUUUUUGGCUUUAGUUUUAUGUUGUUUUUCUCCUCUGACACAGCUUUGCAUAAACCCAGAUCGUAGAACUGACACCAGAAAACAUUGGAUUGUAAUUGCUGUCCUAACAGAAAUGUCAUUUUGUUAAAGAAAAGCACAUGUAGUUAUGUGCAUUUAGAAAUUUACAGAUUCUUUACUGGUUUUCUAUUGUUUUUAAUUAACACUAUUUAAAUUCCCCUUCCAAAGAAAAACAUGUUUUUUUGAGUUUUUAACAUGUAUGUGGCAUUUUUCUUAUGAACAAGAAAAAAUGUAAUAAGAAAUUAUUUCACUUUUGCAUUUUUCCUUUUAAAUUUGUCAAUAAAACUGUGG